UCUUCAGACGUGCACGAGCCGAUUUGGUAAUAGUGUAGACAUCAUGAGAAGGUGAGAUAUAAACAGGAAGAGCAGUGCGAUGGCGUCUACCUUAGCAGUUCUUCUGCUCCUGUCUGCAGGUUUAUUCAUGGUAAAAGCCAGUUUUGGUGAGGAAUGUAAGAGCUACUACACCAUCUAUAACGAGUACAAGCCUGGGUUUACGUGCUUUUUUCAGCACUGCUGUGGAAACUGUGAUAACAGAUACUGCUGCUCCAGUGAAUAUUUCAAGUUAACCGAGUCUGUUCAAAGCUUCUGCGCUAUCAGAAUUACCUUGAUAGUAGUGGGGGUUGUGUUCCACAUUAUUGUGAUCAUCAUCUGCUGCUGCUGCCCCUGCUGCUGCAUCUAUAAAAUGUGCAGAAAACCCAGACCUGUGGCAGGAGCGCAUGUAACUACAGUCACAAAUGCACAUUUCAUUCAGCAGCAGCCUGUAAUGCAGGGGGGCCAGUGCCCACAAUACCAACCAGUGCUGACUCAACCGGGUUACGGUCAACCAAUGCAGAUGGGACCAUAUCAGGGACAGCCAUAUGCACCAGGACCCCCACCCUCAUAUCACGUGGCCACGAGUCCUGGAUAUCCCACUAGUCUGAGUGUGUAUGACGGAGGCCAGGCCAUGUACCCCAUGCAGCCCGCCUGCCCAGCCGGGUUGUCGCGUGUAUAUGCCUUCAGAGACAUUGAAUCAGCCGGCCUACAACCCCGCCUACGUGCAGCCACCAACUUCGGUUUACUAAACCGCAACCGUCUGUCAGAUCAGUCAUGGCUGGAUUGUGGAGGUUGA